AUGACGGGCAUCGCCGCCGCCUCCUUCUUCUCCAACACCUGCCGCUUCGGGGGCUGCGGGCUCCACUUCGAGUCCCUGGCCGAACUCAUCGUGCAUAUCGAGGACAGUCACAUCGAUACAGACCCUCGUGUGCUGGAGAAACAAGAGUUGCAGCAGCCAACAUAUGUUGCCCUCAGUUACAUCAACAGGUUCAUGACGGACGCGGCGAGGAAAGAGCACGAGUCUCUGAAGAAGAAGGUGCAGCCAAAGCUAUCCCUCUCCCUCCCCAGCAGCCUGUCCCGGAACAGCUUGUCCACGCCCCCGCGACAUAGCAGCGGCAACCUGACUCCGCCCGUGACCCCGCCCAUCACACCCUCCUCCUCGUUCAGGAGCAGUACUCCCACAGGUAGCGAGUACGACGAGGAGGAAGCGGACUACGAGGAGUCAGACAGCGACGAGUCCUGGACCACCGAAAGUGCCAUUAGCUCCGAGUCCAUCCUCAGCUCCAUGUGCAUGAACGGAGGCGACGAGAAGCCUUUUGCCUGCCCCGUGCCUGGCUGCAAAAAGAGAUACAAGAACGUAAACGGUAUCAAGUACCACGCCAAGAACGGGCACCGAACGCAGAUCCGCGUGCGUAAGCCCUUCAAGUGCCGCUGCGGGAAGAGCUACAAGAGCUCCCACGGCCUCCGCCACCACACCAUCAACUUCCACCCGCCCGUCUCCGCCGACGUCAUCCGCAAGAUGCAGCAGUAGAGCUGGCCCGCGCGCCAACCGAGCCUGACGCGCACGGCGUCGCCGGCCUCCAAUAACCCCACCCUCCCCUCCCCUCCAUCGCACUCAUCCUUCCUCAAGGAAGACUGCCCGCCUCACUGCCUGCCUCACCCUGAGGUCCCCCUUACCCCUCCCCCCCCCAAUCAUUCCACACCUCCGUCGAGAGGCUCCUUGUCCCCUUUUCAUUCCACCUCUUCGUGACGAGGAGCCUUUUUCUUUCUUUUUUUUUACUUCCAUCUUCCAGGGGCUCCAACGCUCCCGUUACACUACAGCUGCAUGCGUUUUCUUUUUUCCAUUAUUUGUGUCCUGUUAUCUCUUUUCUGCCUAUUUGAGAUGAUGUACCUUAUAGUAGAGUUUGCAGUUUUGUACUUUUGCACAUUUGACUAUCGUUCUUUUCUUCUCGUCUUGUGUUACCGUUGAGGUAAGGUGCUUAUCGUAAACUAACACACACCGUGGCAGGAUCUCUCCGAAAUUGCCGUCACCACCGGAUGGCCGAGUACCAUGGGUGUAGCAAUGUCAGGUUGAGAUGAAUUGAAGCCAGAACCUCAGUAUUCAGCCUUCCGACAUUAGUCCAAAGUUUCAGCUACCCAAAACAUUAUAUACAUUCUUAGUUAUAGAUUGUAAAUAACUAUAUGCAGAGACUUUCCUAAUCAAAUAUUUAAUCUAUGCUUUAUUCCCAAGAUAUUUUUUUCCUUCUUUUUAUUUUCAGUUCGAAAUUUAAAAACCUAUAGAUGUAUGGUUUUAGAUGUUUCAGCCCAUUUUUGGACAGGUCCCAUUUUUGCACCUAAAAUAACAAUCUCAGGUGACAAAUUGCCAGCAUUUCAGAACCAUUUUCCUGCCCCCAUCUUUAUAUGUAAAUUUGGUUGGGUUAUUAUUAUUAUUUUUUUUUGACACAGCUGUUACACCGUUCCCAGGCCAGCUAUGGCUAGUGCGUUGCCUGGUGAAGUACCUAAAGCACUUUGUAGCAACUCGUUGCCAACUUACUUAGGUGGUUUCAUUGCCAAUAUGUCAGGGACUGCAAGUUCCUACUUGCACCAGUCACCAAUUUAAAUUUUAAGAAACAACACAGCGCUCUGGCGGUACCUCUACCGGUCCACUCGCCUUUCUUUCUUCGUAUAUAUAAAACAUACACGUAUUAAACCUCCAAAGUGCGAGUUCGGCAUGAUCGGUUACCUUGAAUGAUGCUAGAGUUUAGCAUUCCAGUGCAGUUCACAGUAGCUAGUUUUAACGUCAGGCAUCGGUAUGAGUUCAUCCAGAUUGUGUUUAUCCCUCGACUCUUACUGACCUCUGACGUUGUCCAGGUGGAUAAACGACAUUUGUUCCAGAUCCCCGUGGUAAAAGUGUUACAAAAGCAGGUGCCCAUCAGUGUUGGUGGCUGCUAACCUUGCGGGCAUGACGGUGGGGCUAAACCGGGUGUAAAGGAGCCAGGUCGCAUGCUCCUCUACACGUAUAUUUACCAACCCAUUCUUCUUCUUUUUUUUGCAGUAUAGUGAAUACAAUUCAACAGAAAACGCUGAAUGUUAGUGUAGAGCUUGAUAACCGAAGACCACUGGUCUUUCUAAGAAAUUAGUGGAGGUUUUGCGAUUACAUUGCUAGUUCAUAGGCCUGCCAGUCAUACAUCACAACAUCACUGCAUGGACAUCAAUGUUGCAAUGGAACUGUGUUAUCUGUUUAGAUGAACAUUGUGACAGUAUUAAACUGCCAGUCUGAAGGGAAGUAUUUGACAUGUUGUGCAUAGUUUAUGUAUUAUGUCUCUGUGAAAGUGCAUUAAAUUAUAUUUUCAUAUGUUUCUGGAAAAAAAAAAAAAAAAAAAAAGUUCCUACAUGUAAUGAAGUUGACACCACGGUGUUUUGAAACUGGUGACUUUCUUCAACAACAACAAAAAAAAAACUGACAAAAAAAAUGCUGCUUCAUAAAUGUAAACCUACAGUUUAAAUAUUAAAUGGCCUCUGAUGUGUUUGGA